UCUUUCUACCGAGUUCUCAUCACAGAUCAACGGCACAACAGAGCAUCGAUCGAAUUGCGGAUCACAGCGGAUCAUCAAGACAAGCAGCAAAUCCAUGGGAGUGGGGAUGAAGCGCGCGAGGGAGGAGGAGCCAGUUGUGUCUCUGGCGCUGUCGCUCAGCACGGACUCUCCGACGACGUCCAGCACGACGUCGGACAACUCGACCGGUGUCCCGGCGGCGGCCGCCAGGAAGAGGACGCGGCGGGGGAGAGUUGUGUCCACGUCUGGGGAAGGGGAGUUCGUCUGCAAGACUUGCGGCCACAUGCGCCGGCACCGCGAGGAGAUGGCGGUCCGCAGCGGCAGCGCCAUCGACCGGUGGGUCGCGCUGACGGAUCAGGAGGCUAGGCACCAGGACGGCGCCGACCGGCCUCCCGUCUUGCUGGAGCUGUUCGUCUAGUUAGCUAGCUCGAUCUCUCUGCUUUCUAAUUCAGGACUUGUACAGAUCUUCAGAAUGAUAUGUUAGGUUAGUUGUGUCUUCAGAAUGAGAUAGCUUAAUUGUCCGAUCGACUGGGGAGUAUAGUAUAUAUUUUUGCGGGGCCAUCUUGUAUAUGAUCACAGUUCACAAGUCCAAUUCAGAGCCUAAAUUUGUACUCCAAA